AGAAAAUUGAAAACUUCCAGUGUCUUCCAGAAACAAUGCCGUGCCGGGGGCCAAACGCAAAUUUGUUUUGAUGUUCAGUGAGAUUUGAGUACCAAAGUUCAUCAUAGAUGUCGCCUACUUCGGGAGCUUUCGCGAAUUGCAUGUAGGUGAAUGGCGGACAUUUUCAACAUCUAAUAAGAUAACAGAACUUGCCACAGCACAGCGCACGCUUCUCGCCCGCCCAUUCGCCCCAUCAUCAUUUUUCCAUUCACUGAUCAAAAUAAAAGUGAAGAAGGUGUCACGCCAUCGCCAAGCCAAGCCAAACUAGCCCGCCGAGCCGCCAAAAGUAAUUUUUGUAGUGAACGUUGCACGUGCAGUUGAACAAAUUUCACAUCUUUUUUAAGUAGAUAUAGCAACAUGACUUCCACUAACGUAUUCAUGGGAUUGGCAGACAAAAACUCUAGCAAAGUCUUGAAACCUCCAGGUGGAGGUCACACUGAUAUAUUCGGUGCCCCUGAACCACCAGUAAGAAAGAACAAUGGCCGCAAUGCUUCCUCCAUUCUAGAAGGUACCAAUGUGGAUAAACCCACUACUCCCACUAGUCCCACUACCCCGACUAAGGCAGCUGCACCAGCUUCUGUUCAAGAAAAAACCCUUCCUUCACCUACACAGGCUGCUCCGCCCAGUCGCCCUAGAGUGCCCCCAGGUGGACACUCAUCAGGACCAUUGUGGUAAAAUGACUAUCUACACCCUUAUAUACCGAUUACUGUACUUAUUAAUUGAAUAUUUAUUUGCUUGCUUCAACCAUCACGUUCUUUGCCUUAAUAAAAUGUUAUGUUUGUGGUAAUUGAAAUUAAUUAUGCAGUGAUAUUUUUAUAUACCAAAUUUCUAAUGUACUGUUUCCUGUCUCUGCAGCUGUGAGCUUUGACUUUUAAACAUAAUUUUUUCAACUAAUUUUUUUGAUAUUUAAAUGUAAUACAACGCUAAUGAAACAUUGUCCAAUCUAGACUGUCUACAAAAUAUAAAAUUGUACGUAAAUUUUGUAAGAAGUACCAAAACUACCCAUGGGUUUUUUACAAGCUUUUGAUAAAUAUGUUGUUUUAAAAUAAAAUCAAUUUGUAAUAAUCAA